AUGUUUGCCGACUUCAGCCCAUUGACUGUGAUGCAGCGACCACUGGGAACCAGCACUGCCUUCAGCAUAGACUCCCUGAUAGGGACCAGCCCCCAGCCCAGCACUGGGCACUUCGUCUACACCGGCUACCCUAUGUUCAUGCCCUACAGGCCGGUGGUGCUGCCCCCACCUGCCCUCCCCCAGGCAUCUCUCCAGCACAGCCUGCACGCCGUGCCACCCCCACAGCACCACCACCAAGUGAGCAACCUCGCCGGCUCCCUCUCCAACGGCUUCUGCACCAGCCUGGGCCAGGGGAUGGCGGUCACCACUCUUAUGGCCACGCUGCCGGGCACGGGGGAAGGCAGCCGGAGCUUCCCGUCCUCCCAGCACCAGGAGCCGGCCAGGAAGUUCAUGCAGGCCCUGGUCACCCUGGACAAGGCUGAAGGCGGCGUGCAGCAGGAGGGCGAGGAAGCCAAGGCGUUUCUGUGCAAGGACAGCUCGGCCGUUUCAUUCCCAGUGUCUGAGGCGGUGCACGCAGUCAUCGGUGCUGUCACCUCCAGUAGGAGCCAAGGAAAGGAAGAUUUGAAGGGGGACGAUGAUUCUAAGAGUAAAGAGGAGAGUUUUUCCAUGGACAGUGACCUCGAUUACAGUUCGGAUGAGAACAUUACAGCGCCGGCGGUUCACAAGGGAGAGGAGCCGUGCCCGGGGUUAGAAGAGGGUGGACACACAAACACCACCAACCCAACCAACACGGCGACGGGGGGCAAGAACCGGAGGAGGAGGACGGCUUUCACAAGCGAACAGCUGCUGGAACUGGAGAAGGAGUUUCACUGUAAGAAGUACCUGUCGCUGACCGAGCGGUCCCAGAUCGCUCACUCCCUCAAGCUGAGCGAAGUCCAGGUGAAGAUCUGGUUCCAGAACAGGAGGGCCAAGUGGAAGCGGGUGAAAGCGGGUAACGCCAACUCCAAAUCUGGGGAACCGUCCAGAAAUCCCAAGAUUGUCGUGCCCAUCCCUGUGCACGUCAGCAGAUUUGCCAUCAGAAGUCAGCAUCAGCAACUGGAGCAGCCGAGACCUUAA